ACAGUUGCCCGUGAAAAAUAUUUUGUGUUUGGGUUUUUCUCAGAAUCAAAGGAAAAGAAGUUUUUUCUAAGAGUUUUUCCCAUUUCCCGAUUAAAUUUGCGAAUGACCAACACUGUGUGGUGCCCAGCAGACAUUCCAGCUGCCACAGAACGUACCCACCGCCAUCGGAAGGGGGUCAAAUGCAAGAAAGGAUCAAUUUGAAAUUUCACCUCUUGCACCGAAUCUCUUCCACAUUUUCCCCAUUUCCUGGGGAAUUUCCCAGGAAUUGCACUGAGUACCAGACACUUGAAGAUGAUGACGGAUAGUUUAUUUGGGAAUGCCAUUAAGAAGGAGCCGGAGAAGAUUGGCAGUAGUGGGGCGAUGCUUCCGGUUGGGGAAGAUGCCACAAAGCCCGUAUUUACGGUGAUGGAUUUGGGGAAGAUGCUCCUGCUGAGUGCCAAGGAGGGGAAUACGCCCCAAGUGCGCGAGCUUAUGACCAAGGGAGCCCCCUUCAGUACAGACUGGCUGGGAACGUCUCCUCUGCACCUGGCUGCGAUGAACAAUCACCUGGACACGUGUGAGGUUCUCAUCAGGGCGGGCCUGAAUAAGGACGCGCGCACCAAAGUGGACAGGACCCCGUUGCAUUUUGCCGUGUACGAGGGGCACGAACAGAUUGUGGAGCUCCUUGUGGCCAAUCAGUGUGACGUCGAUGCGCGUGACAUGCUCCGGAUGACUCCCCUGCACUGGGCUGUAGAGAAGCGCCACAGACGCAUCGUGGAGAUCCUCCUGCGGCACGGAGCUGAUCCGAGUGCGGAAUCAAAGUUCCGGAAAACACCCACGAGCAUGGCACUGGAGCACGGCUACAAUGACAUCUACCUCAUGCUCGAUGCUGCCUUCAGGGUACGCCUGGAGAACCCAGAGCACUUCCAGCGACCACCUCCAGCUGCCACAAACCCCCAUCCGGACGUCAAGUCCAACGGGAGGACGGCAACGGUGGUGCAGGAAGCAAUUGAUGUCAUCAAUACACCCUCACCACCCAUUAAUUCCAGUUCCAUCGACGAGGACAAUGGUAUGACCCUCAGUGAUGCCAUAAUUCGCCUCCAGACAAUCGACGAUACCCGGAGUAUAAAUCCCUCGUCAACGUUGCAAAUGCUUAAGGAUCACGGGAUCUCAAUGCUACCCACGGAGGACACAGAGAAUGCAUUUAUUUCCUCAGCCCUUCAGGGUGGCCGGAAGCUCGUUCUCUCCGAAGCGGGGAAGCUCAUGAUGAAUGAGACAAAAGCCCGACGGAGUACAUCACAAAUGCCCCCUGGGGGCUCCACGAGCCGCCUGAGUAUAUCUCCGGCAUCUGUGAAGCCCCUAAAGCCCCCCAAUAAGGUCAUAAAGAUCGUCACAGCGGAGGAAUUCAAGCGAAUGCUGUCCGGAGAUCUCAGUGCCACGAAGAAAGUGCAAUUAAAGGCAAAUGGGGCGAUGGUACCGGCCAAGCAGAGGCGGCAAAUGCUUCUUAGCCGGCGACCGGAACUCCUUCCAGCAGCCACGGAUAUUUUUGCCGAGAGCGACAGUUGCAGAAUUAAACCGAAUCAAGUGCCAAAUUUAUUGGAUAUCCACGCUGAGGAGGCCCCAGACACGGAUCUCGAUGACUACACUGCAGAUCUGGAUGUUCUGGCUGUGCCGGACAAGUCUCCAAGUCCACGUGACGACACGAAAGGGAACCUCCCCACAGCAAUGGGUCUGUCGGAGAUUGAAAAGCAACUCCUGGACCUAAAGAAGCAAACAGAGGAGCUCCGGCGGCAGCUGGAGAUCUCCCAGCGACAGAAUGAGGAAUACAAGGUGCGACUGGAGAAGUUGGAGCAGGAGAAGGAGCUCGAGAGACGACAAAGGUCGCAUAUCAACUCAUAAAACUUAAGGAUAAUUUUACAAGGAGAGAAAAAAAUGAAUUUUAGUUGUCAAAUAAAUAUUUUUUUCUACACAA